AUGGACAAAGAAAACCUUGAGUUACAGCAGACACUAACAAAAGAACUGCAUAAUAGACCUUCAAUCAUAACUUCACGAAGAAAUUCUAUUCCUGUUGAAUAUUUUAAUGUGAAUAACGCAACUGAAGAUAUAGAAAUUGAACAGCCAAAAAUUGCUGUAGAACCUUCGACAACGAAACUUACUAUAACACAAUCAAGUCAAAAAAGUGACGAAUUACAAGAAUCAAACGCCGUAAAAGUAAAUGAUAUUGAUAAUAUGAUUUUUGACAUUAUCUCCUCACCAUCACACGAGUUAUUGAAUACAGAUCCUUCAUUAACGGAAGUCACUCUCACAAAAUCCAACCUAGUUACUUAUGCCUUGAAAGCUGAAAUUUUUCAUGAUAUAUACGACAGCACCGAAGCUGUUAAUCUCACUACUAGUAAUGCUAUAAAUAACAAUGACGAGUAUGAAACUAAAGAAAAUUCACCAGUUAUUGAUAUGGCAUCGUUCAAAGUUGAUGAAAUCCCCGUUUUGAAAGAUUCUUCAUCAGGUGAAAGUAGUUUCAAGACCCCCGAUUCAUCUACGAAUGAUAAUACUAAAGAUAAUGUUCCCGUUAUCUCUGAUUUUUCUAAGGUAUCCAAAGUUAAUUGUGGAUCUUCAGCAGGAAUUAUUGAAACAACAUUAUUGGUGAUGCCUAUCGAAGUUUCAUCUUUAAGAGAGCAUGAAUUUGGAGAAAUUCAAAAUCCAGCUAUCGAUGACAUUAAAAGAGAAUCAAAAGAAAACUGCAUGUUGACCAUGAAUAACGAUCCGUUUAAGAAAGAGCCGACAAAUCAUUCCAAAAAUACCAAUCAAAGUAAUACAAAGGCAGAUUUUGGUGUCAACAUUGUACUUUCGAAGGAAUCAAAGUCCCAUAAAAAUAGAGUUUCAACUGCAACUACGGGAACUAUAUCACUAGAAAUUGAUACGAGUUCACACGCGAUGCCUACUACCAUAGGAAAUUUGAAUACAAGUAAUUCUGAAAAUGAUGGAAUGGUGAUUAGAUCAAAAGUUAAAUACGAAGAUAAAAAUUCUUCAACAGUGAAUGAAGAGACGAUAUCAAUUGCAGUCAACGCUUCAUCAAGUAAAAACUACAUCAAUAACAAUGAAAACGAUAUGAAUAUCAUAAAAACUAGAUCAAAAGUUAAAUCUAGUGAAGUUCUUAAAACGAAACCAAGCAACAGUAGCUUUUCAACUAUCUUUACUACUUCAAAAAGCCAAAAAAAUGGCGCAUUAUCUCAAAGAGGACAAAAAAGAAAACAUACGGAUUCUAGAAUUAGCACAGAAGAGACCAUUUUAGCAUCGCGAUCAAAUAUUGAUACUAGGAUUGGUAGCAGAUAUGAAAUGCGAAGUAAAGAGAAAAGAGAUAGAAAUACACAAAAUCUUCAAAUUAGUGAUGAGAUGAAGGUCAAGCUAAUAGAUGAUUGGGAAUGGAUAACAACACAGUAUCAGCUUGUUCCUUUGCCAAAAUCAAGAACUGUUGAGAACAUACUUGACGAUUUUUAUCAAUAUAAGAAAAAGUUUGACCCAAAAAGUUCAAGAGAUGAUCCCCAAAAAAAUGGUGAUCCCCUUUGGCAAGAUUUAGAAGGCCUAAAGAUUUACUUUAAUGAAGCUUUAGAGGCUAGGCUCCUUUAUAGGGCGGAAAGGGCGCAAUUAUACGAAUUCAAAGAGGAAAACGUAGGGGUUGAGUGCUCAACUUAUUAUGGCGCUGAGCAUCUUUUACGUCUAUUGGUAAACAUACGUGAAGAAAAAGCCUUUGAAUUAAAGGAAUUGUGCGAAGAGUUGAUAAGGUGA